AUGGUUUCUUUAGGAGUAGAAUAGUUCGCUUAAGAUUUGAUUAAAGUAAAUUCUUUAAAAGAUUAAUAACCAUGGGAUGAUAAUAUUAUUAAUAAAUAUAGAAUAUAAAAUAAAGAUAAAUUCUUAAAUCUUAUUAAGGAUAGAGUAGAUUUAAGUAGUCCUGAAUAAAUUUCAAAAUAUAUAUUCAGAAAAGUUGAAGAAAUAGGUAUAUGA